CACCGUCUCAGUCCUCGUUCAUAGCUAAUUGAGAAGCUCUUGGCAUAAGUCGAUUUAUGUGGAUUAUCUUGCAUACACGUUGGUGCGGAUACAAGCGUUAAAGUGUCAUCUGCUGCUCUGGCGGCCCAUGCAGCGUCUCAGACCGUUGUAAUAAGUGCUUCGAUGUAACCAAAAACAAGAUGCGACGAUCAAGUAAUCUAGACGGAGUGGAAAAAGCCGGCUACGUUGAUGUCAAGUUCCCCGGAAAGAUCAAAGGAAUGCGGGGAUGGUGUCGUCGUUGGGUUGUGAUUGUCAAACUGCGGGUAGAAUGUUCUGGUCGGAGAUGCGUGGCCAAGGUGGACAUCUUCCUCGAUGAAGACUCGUGGAGGAAAGGGAAACAUGCCGACCGCAGAAUCAUGGAGAAUGUCAGCAUCAUCAAGCGGACACCAUCCUCUACGCAUGCGCACGCGUUCCACGUGGACGGAGACGAGCCGUUGUCAAUGGCAGGCCGGAGUGAGACCGAAAGCCAGGAUUGGAUGAGAGUGCUAAGGGCCAUAUUUCUGCCCAAGAUGAGGAAAACAUAUGAUGAUGCUAUGUUUGAGGUCUCCGUGAUCGACAACUGCUCCUCCGCCAAGAUAGGGCUGAACGCAGACUAUCUUAUGUCGAUUGAGGCCACUCACAUCCACCUUAUCCCGACCAAUGAGCAGCAGAAGUUCUACCAGUGGGGGUUUUGUGAGAUUCCAUUCUUCAAUCUUACUCCCGGGGUCCCCGCUGCUGACAAGGAAAAGAUAUUGUCAAUUACCUUAAGUCCGUCAGGUGAACAAGGCGAAGAAUUCUACAAUUUCUACUCUCUCAACGCCAGAGAGCUUAUCGAGAUGAUAAGGACACAUCUACAUGCCAUGUCGGAAUCACCAUAUAGUCACAUCGAACAUCAACCAGAUGAAGAAGAAGUGACAAGUUUGGAUGGCGAUCGUGACUAUAAGUACGACCAUCUAAGACGAAUGGGUCCAUGCGUCCCCAAUGCAUCUGCUGGUCAAAGCCACCAAACCCUGAAACGAUCUCCUGCAAUCUGUCCUGCUGCCAGAAGUCACAUGUCUCCGAUGUUACCAGUACCCGCCAUCCGCCCAAGUAAGCUGAAGCUGGUGAACACUCAGGACAGACCGACGGUCAACGACCCCGAUGCUUCCAAUACAGCCUCCAGAGAUUCUGGUAUCACGAGCCCCACUUGCGAAACUCACCCGGACAACGCACGAGAGAGUACAUGUAAGGUACACCAUGAUUGGAAACACCACGACUCUGUGGACAGUGGGACAACCGAUUUGGAUAUCGAGGACCAAGAUUAUGACGACAUCUCCCUCUUCCAGCUUGAUUCAUUAGGCAUUAUCGGGACGCAGAGCAACUCUCGGGAAGAGGUGACGACACUAAGUACCUUUACACGGAAUAGAAUCCAAAGCGAACCAGAUUUAAAACGAUACGGGAAUUCUAGCAAGAGGAUGGCCAUGUCGGCACCCGAUAGGCGGCCAUCUCUUCCGCAAGAGCGGAUAAACAAUGACAUGGAGACGGGCCAUGAUCCCUUUAACAAAACAUGGCCCGAGAGCAUUUCAACAAGUGACAAUAUGAACGAGUUGGCAUGGCGCGAAAACCAAAGUUUCCAUAUCGAAUCACCUGUCGACCCAAGUUUCCAUCUCCAAUCAUCAGAUGACCCAACUUUUCCCAUCGAAUCGCCUGAAGAGAGUGAUGAAAACAUUUAUGUGUUUCAUAAUAAUGCUGAAUAUCUUCAAAAAUGCAAGGAGAGAAUAAGUUAUCUUUCAGACAUUUCGGAAUCGGAACGUUCUCGCCAGGGUAGUAUCUCAUUGACGGAGCCGAGAGAGCGCGAAUGCACGAAAAAUCCGGACUCUGAGGAGCCGUUUUCGUCGGUUGCAUCAUCCGCAUGUGUCUCCGAUGAAAGUUCGGGCUAUCUUGAUAUGUCGGGACGAACAUUUAGUAAGGUUGGGGCACUAACUAUGCAGUCCGCUGACAGGGGGGCACCAACUUUGAGAGUCGAAGCAGAAACCGAGUGUACGUACGUCAUGAUGACGAGACCAAAACCACGGUACGAAAACGUACCGUUGUUUAACGUUUAACUAAAAGCCCUGGCUUAAUAGAGUGUGUCUGGCUCAGUUUUCUAGCAGGGCUUGAUCAAGGGAUGUACCUUUGAUAAGAGCUCGAACUCGACUGUUUUGAAAUGACCAACAGGCUUGGGGACAGGAGUGCACAGGAGUGUCUUCAGUCUUCACUCGAUGCCCCUCCGACGAUGCCCUCUCAAAACGGUGUAAAAAUUAUUUGAUAGUUCGAUACCGCCGGAUUCUGAAAGUUGGUCUGCUGAGGAGUACCAUGACGGACAUAAAUGAAAAUCGCAGCUGCUCCUGGCCACUUUUACAGUAGAUGUACCGUACAUUGUACAUCAAGGUUUGGUUAUGGUGUCCGUCGUUUAUGUGGAUGCAUAUCAUCCGUCAUGAUGACCAACAUUUUUAUUGGCAUCUUUGCAGCCAUACCGCUAGAAAGGAAAUUUAUUGGCGAAACACAUCCAAAUCCAGGGUAGUAUCUCAUUGACGGAGCCGAGAGAGCGCGAAUGCACGAAAAAUCCUGACUCCGAGGAGCCGUUUUCGUGGGUUGAAUCGUCCGGAUGUGUCUCCGAUGAAAGUUCGGGCUAUCUUGAUAUGUCAGCGGACUGCAUAUUUAGUGCCCCUACCUUACUAAAUGUUCGUCGCUUUAAAACUUGUUCAACCGACCAACACGGAGAUUUCACAUCCUUAGUCCUUCAACCAAUGCCAACAUUAAGUGGGUCACUAAAGUUCAGUAAACACGUCAUAUUUAUUCUAGGUCAAAUCAAUAAGAACUUUGUAAAUAUAUGUAAAUAAAUGUUAGUUUUGAAUCA